AUUAUUAAUAAAUGCAAGAGAAAUUAAUAGCUGGACUGACAUCAAGUUAUGGUAGUUUGUUGGGAUAAUAGUAUUUGAAAUGGUUGAGAAUGCCUCCUUCUUAUUUAAGAGUGAUGCAAUCCAUUGAUUUUAGAGGUGGGAUGUAUGCAGCUUAACAAAUUAAGGCUAAUCAAUAGAUUAUGCUUAUUUCAACUGAGAAAUGUUUUACAAGUGUAGAAUUUGUAGGUUGUGAUACUAGGAAAUAAUAAGAACUUCAGGUAUGUAGUUGCAAAUCAAUUAGACCAUAGCAUCGUAAAUCGCUCACAAAAUAUGUGGUGAAAAAGUGGAAUAAUAAUAUUUGGUCACAGGAUUACUUAAAAUUAUUAUGCAAAUAUUCGUGCAUCAAAAAGACUAAUCAUUAACACACUCUCCAUUUGCAAAUAUGAUUCAACCUCCUAACACUCCUUUAUUAUGGCCUCAAACUGUGAUUGAUCUUAUUUCCUCUAGGAAUCUGGCUAAUCUUAUUGAAGGUACACUUCUAUAAUGUUAAUCAAUGUAUAAUGAAUUACAAUUGAGUAAAGUUUAUGGAUUAAGUGCACUUGAUUUCUUAAAGUUAUUCUAAGCAGUCAGAUCUUAGUUAAUAUGUUUCAAUCCAUAGUAAUAUUAUUAAUUUCUAUCUAGAAAACCUAAAUAUUUUGAUAUGCAAUCUGUUUAGAUAGUAUCUCCAUUAGUUUACCAAUUUGAUCAUUCCUUUGAUCCUAAUUGUUAUCUAGAUGGUUGCUAUUUAAGUCAUGAAAAUAUGAGCUUCGUCGAUUUUACAGCCAAAAAACUUAUUGAACCUGGAGAUGUAAUUAUCUUUAUUUAUUCCCAUUAGAAAUUAACCAUCAAUUAUGGUAAUUUGAGUAAUCAUGAUUUAUUAAUGAGACAUGGUAUUAUUGUUGAUGAUAAUCCUUUUAAUGAAAUGCCUAUUGAUUUAGAUUUCACCUCUGCCAUUAAUUUUACUGAAUAACUAUUUGAAUAAAAAUAAAAGUGGCUUAGAUAAAGUGAAAUCACCAAUAUUGAAAGAUAAAUCCUGUUCACUAAUAAAAUUAAUGUUCAACUAUUGCAGUAUUUCACUCCUCUCUAUUACUAGGUAUCUAAGAAUUUACUUUCUUACAGAACAAGAAUUUUCCAUCAAUCCUAAUCUGGAAUUCAAUUCAUUCCUAUCUAAAAUUAGUGAAGAAAAUGAAAUGUUGGUCAAAUAAUUUAUGAUUAAACACAUCAAAAAUGCCUUAUCCACUUAUAAAUAGAUUUCUAAACCUAUUGGAAAAGAAUUGUAAGAUCUUUACAAAAUCUAAAAAGAUGAGAUGACCAUACUAUAAAAUAAUUUAACUUUUUUUAGUAAAUGAGAGAAAAUGAAU